UGUAUGUCACGUCACACGCUACAAUAUGCACUGCCACCGAGGCGAGUGGCAUGAUGUAAAAGAAUUAGGAUCGUGCGAACUUUGUACAAAUAGUCAUCCAGUGUACGCGCAAUACGUUGUGCAUCAUUUCUAGUGAGAUAAAAGUCAGAUAGUGACAUUAUUAAUGUACAUCUGUGGAAUCACAUUUGAUUUAUUUCAGUUUGCAUUUUCUGCAAUAAACUUUAACCCCUCGUAGUUAGAAUUCUAGUUUCUCGAAUAGUAGAAAAGUUCCAACAAGAAGGACGCGAAUCACCUCUCUGCGUGUGUACCUUCACUCUUUUUUCCUGCUUAUUGAACUCGCUGUACCGUGCAGUCGAUCUUUAUUCGUUGUGCGUAUCGAAGGUGCUGAUCAGAAACAGAAUCAGAAACGUGAACGUCGAGCGAAGUAACGCUCGGCUAGCAAAGUGCAAAGGGAUGCCAUUAAAAUGGGUUUGCAUAAUACUUAAUCUGAUAGUUUGCGUGAUCGCAACAGAGAACGAUAAAAAUAUUAGAGCUUUCGUAAAGUUAACCGAAUUCGACUAUGAGGAUGCUUGUUUAGAUACGGCCAAAGCGGAAUGGGCAUUCAUUAAUUCGCCAUCGAAUGAAACAUUAUCAGUAUGGGAAGAAAAAUUAAUUUCUUAUGCUGUUUUCAAAAAUUUGCAAAGAAAUGAAAUAGCAAAUAUUUCAAAAGCUAAUAUCAGUGAUCACUCUUUGCAAUAUAAAUAUGAUGUUGCUGUAAAAAUAGGUGAUGCCCUAUUACACAAUGAAGACUAUAAAACACUUGUUCACUUCUCUGGGGCUGCAGAAUUUCUGAGAUUAUCUACAGUUCAUAAAGGAGCUUUGAAUAAUCACACAAGAAAAGAUGUGGAACAUAUACUGUCUCAUAGUAAUAAUAUUAAAAAUAAAAGUACUGUCUGGACAACAUGGCAUGAAGAGCAAGCUCCAUUAGUUCAAAAUUUUUCGAUUAUUCUACCACUUGCUGAUAAAGCAGCCAAAGCAAAUGGUGCUAAAGAUAUUGUAGAAUAUUGGGAACUCUUAAGUGGAUAUAGUAAUGGUUAUAAAGAAAUUAAAUAUGAAUGGAGUAAAAUUGCUACUCUCCAUAAAAAAAUAUUACGAUUUGCAAUAAUCAACUUGUCUCACAAAUACAACAUUACAAUGGAUAACACAAUACCAGUAGAUUUACUUGGAUCCUUACAAGGUAGUGACUGGAUUCCUGUAGCAGUUGAUGUGACACCUUAUCCAGAUCUUAUGUUCAAUAUUACAAAAAAUUUAUGGAAGAAGAAACUCAUUGGAAAAUCAAUGUACAAAGUUGCUUCUACAAUGAGUACACAAAUAUUACAUCAAGUGCCACAAGCAGAUUUUUGGGACAAAAGUUAUUUCAACCAACAGUGUCCAGCAAAAUUAAUUAAUUUCUGUCAAGAUCUUUUGCGAGUAUCUACUUGUUUUGAGCCUACUAUAAGCAAUUUCCUCUCUGCUCAUAAAAACGUAGGGAAGAUUAUGUUCAAUCAAUUAUCUGUCGAAAACACUCCGGUACUUAAUAUAGCUAAUCGGUAUUCAGCUCUAGAAGAAGGCGUGUCAGAACUAUUCGGUAUUUUAGCUGCGAGUCCCGCUUGGUUAAAUUACACCCACAUCAUAGAUAAUUCUACCGAUAAUGAUCAACGCUUAAUUGUAUCUCUUAUGAUUACCGCAUUGAAUACACUUCCACGCAUUGCUUAUUACAUGUCUGUAGAUAUGUGGAGAAUUAAUGCUAUUGAAAAAAAAAUAACAAAUUCAGAAGAUUUAAUAUCAUCUUGGUGGAAAUAUAGAGAGGAAUAUGAAGGACUCAGCUCUAAUGAGGCUAAACUGCCUACGUUCUUAAAUGAUGAUCAUAUAACAAGUAAUAAGCCAUAUUUGCCAAAACUAGUUGGUACAAUAUUAGCUUUUCAGUUGUAUGAAUAUCUGAUGGAAUCCACGGAAGUUAGAUAUGAUUCAAUCAUAAGGAAUCAAAUAAGUUUAGAGUUUUUGAGAGUAAUCCAACGAGGAAGUGCCGAUAAUUGGAUGAAAAUACUCAAUAAAUAUUUAGAAAUAGAUCAAAUUUCAUCGAGCGCAUUAAUGUCGUUUUUCUCGCCACUGGAAGAUUUUAUUGAUGACCUGGAAGAAGAUUUUCAAUACAAAGCAGUUACUGCCAAAGAGUCAGAAUUAGAGGAAUUAGAAAAGAAGAUCAUUGCAGAAAUAAAUACUCCAACUACUACUACUACAACUACUACUACUUCUACUACUACUAUUCCAACCACCACUACGCCUAAAAGUGUGGUCUCAAAACCAAAUCUGACAAAUACUACAUCUCGGAGCAAACAAAAUGACGGAAGAAGUAUUAUAAAUACUGUGACUAAUUCUAAUAAAAAUUUAGAAUCUAAAUCAUCUAUACAUAUACCAGAAGGAAAGCUAGAAAACCGUAAUAUAUUACAGGCAACAGUGACAACUGAAGUUCCUUUUGAUAUAUCACUACUUGAUAGCGUAGAUACAACAGAAGAUAAGAAACCAAAGAUUAGUACUAGUAAGGCAGUUUGGGCUGUGGGCGCAGUGUUGAUAGCAACAAUAAUUAUCUGUAUAAUAGCGAUCUUCGGAAGACAAAGAUGUCGUAAAGCACCAAAAAAUAGACGAUAUGUUUAAUGCUAUCCCUUUGGAUUAAACAAAUUUAUAUACCACAUAUAUUUAUUCUUGCAUUUAGUUUGUAAUAUUUGCCCAAGUAAGUUAUUAUUAUCGAGUGUUUUAUCUAGAAAGACAUUUAUUAAUUCGCA